AUGAAGCUAUAUUCCAUUAUUUUCGUGGCCUUUCUGGAGUUUUUUUUCCUACAAACAGCAAAAGCGGAUAUUCCUGGAUGUCACUUCCUAGAAACUGUGAAUAUAACGUCUAGUCAGAGCCUCCAAAACGGCUCAUAUAUGUACCAGGACAUCGAGAUUCCUGAACACUUGACUGGCCAAUAUAAUUACAUAACGACGGAGAAGGGAAUCCAGCAAAAGGUAAACAGUCACCUACGAGGAUGUGUCUGCCACCUGAAGCCCUGCAUAUGGAUCUGCUGUCGUUUUAAAGAUUGGGAUUCAUCCAAUGGCAAAUGUACCGAUGGUCUGACUGAGAAGCUAAGUAAGAUCAAUCCCUUCCUUGAAGUGACUCUCAACAACGGAUCUGUUGUGAAAAGAAACUUGUUAAAGGAUUUUAUUGUGUUGAGAGAUCGAAUGCGGUACGAUGAUACUUGGCAACUAGAUAAGUACACAUUAUUCGAGAACGGAAGUGUAUUGUUCAAUAGUGCGAACACGGUUAACUUCAGGGGAUAUGACUGCCUACAUCCUAACCAGUUGACUUCAGGCAGCACAGAGUACUUUGUGGCUACCUUUCACUCCGACUUUUAUUAUGAGAAGCCUCUAGAAUCGGUACCACAAAGUAGAAAAAUGCUCAUAUGGCUGUCCAACGCUUUCUUGGUGCUAACAAUCGCAGUGUAUCUGUACGUUAGAAAGCUACGGAAUCUGCAUGGAAAGUGCUUCAUCUGUUACAUGAUAACUACGUUCAUGUUUUUUACCUAUUAUUUGCUGAUAACUGAAUCAAUACCUUUACAGUUGUGCGCUCUUCAUGGUUAUUGCUUUCUCUUCUUCUACGUGGCCAAGUUCACUUGGCUUUUUGCCCUGAGUCAUCAGCUAUGGCGAGGUUUUACUUCGAUCAACCGAGCUGAAUUUGAAUACAGCUUCGGGGCCUACAGCAUCUUUGCCUGGGGAUUGCCAGUUGUCCUGACUGGAAUAACUUUGCUGAUAGAUCAGAUUUGGGAUGGCGAUCCCAACAAGGUGGCUUGGGUGCCCGGUCUGGGUGGCUUAUCUUAUGAUGGCUACGUUUUGUUGCCGACUAGAACACUCAUAGCUUUAAACACAAUCCUAAUUAUAUUGAUCGCCAUCAGCUUUAUAAGAAUAAAACUCUCAUUGAGACACUUCUCUGACCAGGACGAGAGGGCAAGGAACCUGAACUCGAGAAUGCAAACGUAA